AUGGGCUCCCACUGCACCUACUGUAACGAAAUGGCGCAUGGCAUCACAAAAUGCACCAAACGCCCAGCCAAAACCCGAACGUGUUUUGGAUGCAACAAGACUGGUCAUUUACAAGCCAAUUGUCCAUACAUUACCGAUCCUUCCAAGACAUCCAAGACAUCCAAGACAUCAAAGACAUCCAACAAGCACUCCCACCACCCCAGCCACAAUUCGAACCUCAAUCGCCCCAUCAUUGCACCCAAGCCUUUGAUUCCCACUGAGCUCACACUCAUUUAUGGAGGAUCAGAGGCUUCCAAGCACAACCCUUGUCAACCUGCUUUGCGUGAGUUGUCUAAGCUUUCUCUCACAACGACCUCCUUUACUCUACCAACACCAACCAAGAUGCCCACGUCCUCCGGCCCUUGUCCUCGAAGCCGUUCUGUUAACACUCCCACACGUAGCUGGGACAAAGAGAUAGACAACAGAAUAAUAACUAAUCUCAUGGAUAGAGAUGAGGCUCAGGCUCUUCGACUCCAGUCUGCCUCUCGUCACACUCAUCUCCGUUUUUCCCAGCUGGCACGUCCAACAGGCCACAAUACAUCUCUCUCUCCUCCUCGCUUUACUCAUGCACAAGCCACAAAAGCCCUCGGCGCAGAGGCCAACAUUAACCAAUGA